AUGGCGCCUGUUGCCGGUCUGCUCGCGCUGCCCACCGAGCUGCUGCUGCUGCUCGCCGAGUCGUUCCUCGACCAGACCAACAUCAGCAGGCUGGUGUGCACCAACCGCUACCUCAGCAACGUGCUGUGGGAGCCGCUGCUGCAGAACAACAUCGCCCACCACGGCAGCACAGCGCUGCUCUGGGCCGCUGCCAACAACCACACCGACUUUGCGCGCCAGCUCAUCCAUCUCGGCGCGAACCUGGAAACCUCGCCGCAUUUCCUGGAACGCGCCAACAUUCCACGUGUUGGGCGCUACUGGGGCCGCAAUGUUCCCAACAGCGGCAGCUCCACGCCGCUCUGCUAUGCCGUGCAGCGUCGCAACCUGGCCAUGGUGGAGCUGCUCGUGGGAGCUGGCGCCCUCGUCGUUGCUCUACGCGGCGUUGGGCUCGGCCCCUUCGAGUAUGCCUAUGCGGCCAAAAACGCAGCCAUCAUCGACGUGCUCAAGAGCCAGCUGUGGACCAUCGACGCCGCUGUUGGGCGCAAUGGCGAGACGCCGCUGCAGCUCGCUUGCCGCAAUCGCUAUGUAGACGGCGUGCGACGUCUGCUCGAGCAAAAAGCGGACCCAAACGCGAAGAUUGUCGCGCCAAAGGAGCGCUUCAGCCAUGUUCGCUCCUUGCUCGACACCACGAGUCCUGGCUUUCCCACCUUCGAUCGGUUUGACCUGCCCUCUGGGAAUCCACGGGACGAUGCCCUGGCCAUCCUGAGAAUGCUAUUCAACUGCGGGCUGGACCCAGACGAGUCGUGUCGCUGUCGCUUGUUCAGAGUAGACCCUCGAGCGAGGGCUUUGCUCGAGAAGAAGAGCUCAUCCUCGAGUCGAGAUAGGAAGCGCAGGUCGCAAGAGCAUCAGAGAGGCUUCCGAGGUGCAUUUGGGCUGCAGAAGAAGCGUCGCUGA